AUGUUUUUAGCAUCACGAUACAGCCUCAGCUAUACACUCAACGCGUACCAAGAUCAACUAGAGCAGUCGAGUCUAGGGUCGCGCAUUCCGGUGUCGUUCUGGGAGGCAGGAACAGCCGAUCUCGUAUUCGAGGUCAGCCAGUUCGAACUAGACGGCGCGAUUGACUUGUCUGCGAUGUUGCAAGUGCCUGAGCACCUGGCGCUUUCGUCGUUGCGCACACAUAAGGUGGGAGCUGCCACUAUACGCAUGUCUGAUGUGCCAGUGCUGAAACCCCAUCAGAGUGCGAAAGAG